AUUUUGCUUGAUUUUGCUGACAAUGACAAACAAUGAUAACACAAAAAGUUGUUGAAUCUUUAUUAUAAAUAAUGUGAAUUGCAGAUAAUAAUUUUGUUAUAAGUUUGCCUUGGUUUAUAAGAAGUAAGAGGAAAAUAUAAUAUUGAAAUUGUACGUGGAUAUAAGGGAAAGUAUAAGAGUAAAGUCGAUUGUUAUCGGCCCAAACCCAAAAUGGAUUCUUGUUUAGGAGUUGAGCAAGAUUUAGACAAAGCCACUACUAAGUUUACGGCUUUAAAUGAUCAAACAAGUACUGCUAUUGAUGAACUAAUAACGAAAGUGGAAAAUUUGAAGAAGGAACUCGCAAAGCAAUCUCCCGAUGACCCAUUACCACCAGAAGAAGUUAAACUCAUUGUUGAUAUGAUUGCAUCCCUUAAACAGGCAGUUUUUCAGAUGUCCACAGAUCAUCGUGAGCUUCAUGCCACAGUGUCUCGUGUCGGAAAGUCAAUUGACAGACAUUUCAUUGCUGAUUAUGCCGCUGUUGCUCCUAAGGCUGAAUCAUUCUGUUCAGACACUAACAGACCUCUUAUGGAGCAGGCUAUAGCACAACACUUGUAUAGACAGGGCCUGGAAGAUGUCGGGGACGCGUUUAUCGCUGAAGCCCGCAUACCACCGGUGGAGCGCACAUGUGCGUUCGCUCAGCUGCAGCGCUGCGCUGCUGCGUUGGCUGAGGGUGAUCCGCAGCCAGCGCUGGAAUGGGUCGAGGAGAGAGCUGAGGACUUGACACACUCACCGCUGCCGUUUACUUUACACAGAAUGAAGGCUUUGAAGCUGGGUCGCGAAGUGGGCGUCGGCGCAGCCAUCGGCUACGCCCGCGCGGUGUUCCCGGCGCACGCGGCGCGGCACGAGCGCGCGCUGCGGGCGUGCGUGUGCGCGCUCGCCUGGUGCACGCCCGCGGCCCCGCCCCCGCCGCCGCACUACCGCCGCCUGCUGGACCCCAAGGCGUUGGGAGCGGAGGCCGCCGAGGUGUUUAUACGCGAGUCGUGCGCGCUGCUGCGCCUGGCGCCGCUGUCGCCGCUGGCGGGCGCGGUGUUGGUGGGCGCGCGCGUGCUGCCCGCGUUGCACGACAUCCGCGCCAAGAUGGCGCACCCCCACGUUAUAGCGGCCUGGGCGGACGACGAGCUGCCGCUGGAGGUUGAUCUCGGCGAAGAGGGCGGCAACUACCACAGCGUGUUCGCGUGCCCGAUCCUCCGACAGCAGGCGUCCGACGCCAACCCGCCGAUGCGGCUGCUAUGCGGACACGUCAUCUCGAGGGACGCGCUCAACAAGCUCACUAUGGGCGUCAAGUUGAAAUGCCCGUACUGCCCCAUGGAGCAAUCGCCGUCGGAGGCCCGUCAGAUUUAUUUCUCCUAGACGUUACUUCAAGCCUCGAUCACACGUAGAACGCUGUUAUAUGUUUUGUAUUCGAAUGUAGAUGCAAUCUUUCAGAUUAAAAUUUAUAUUAUGCGUCAA